GACCCCUCCCAUCAAAUAGCUGGCUGCCUAUUCACCUUACCCUCAUUCAAACAUAAUUCUGAUAAUUUUCAGGCGAAAAUCAGCGGAAAAACAGGAAUCGUUGAUUCGUCGGGAUAUAUUUUUUACGAUUUCGGCGGUGGCUGAUUCGAUUCAUUUCAUUUUCUUCGGAUAGGUUCUGGGCCUGCUUCUUUAUCUUAGCCGGGCAUAACUGGUGAGAAAGCCUGCCUCGAUUGUUACUAUUAAAAGUGAAUGGCCUCAAUUAGUGUAGCUCCUCCGAACGGUGUAAGAGAUCCUGGUCGAAAGCCUGGUGGACUGGAUAAGCUGCCAGAUGAGAUGAAUGAGAUGAAACUCAAGGAUGACAAGGAUAUGGAACCGGUUUACGUAGAUGGUAAUGGAACAGAAACUGGUCAUAUAAUUGUGACCACAAUCGGGGGCAAAAAUGGCCAACCAAAACAGACAAUCAGUUAUAUGGCCGAGCGUAUUGUGGGGCAGGGAUCUUUUGGAGUAGUGUUUCAGGCCAAAUGUCUUGAAACAGGUGAAACUGUUGCCAUAAAAAAGGUUCUUCAAGAUAAGAGGUACAAGAACAGAGAGCUGCAAACCAUGCGUCUCCUGGACCACCCCAAUGUUGUGUCUUUGAAGCAUUGUUUCUUCUCAACCACUGAGAAGGAUGAGCUUUUUCUUAACUUGGUGCUGGAAUAUGUUCCUGAGACUGUUCAUAGGGUUAUUAGACAUUAUAACAAGAUGAGUCAGAGGAUGCCAAUGAUAUAUGUUAAGCUUUAUGCUUAUCAGAUUUUCCGAGCACUUGCAUAUAUCCAUGGCAGUGUUGGAGUGUGCCACAGGGAUAUUAAACCACAAAAUUUGUUGGUUAAUCCACACACCCAUCAGGUGAAGUUAUGUGAUUUUGGAAGUGCAAAAGUACUGGUCAAAGGAGAACCAAACAUUUCCUAUAUAUGUUCGAGGUACUAUCGUGCUCCUGAACUCAUAUUCGGUGCAACAGAAUAUACUACUGCCAUUGACAUCUGGUCUGCUGGAUGCGUCUUGGCCGAAUUACUGCUUGGACAGCCCCUUUUCCCUGGUGAAAGUGGAGUUGAUCAGCUUGUUGAAAUCAUUAAGGUACUGGGUACCCCAACAAGGGAGGAGAUUAAAUGCAUGAACCCCAAUUACACUGAAUUCAAAUUCCCCCAAAUUAAAGCUCACCCAUGGCACAAGAUCUUUCACAAGCGGAUGCCACCUGAGGCCGUUGAUGUUGUUUCAAGGCUACUGCAGUAUUCUCCAAACCUGCGGUGCACUGCGUUGGAGGCGUUAGUCCAUCCAUUCUUUGAUGAGUUGCGCGAUCCGAAUGUUAGACUACCUAAUGGGCGGUUUGUUCCGCCAUUAUUCAACUUUAAGCCACAUGAGCUCAAGGGCGUCCCAGCAGAGUUAUUGGGGAAGCUGAUCCCUGAGCAUGCAAGAAAGCAAUGCGCGUUCCUUGGAUUGUAAUAUGUAAAGUGCUACUACUACUACUACUACUACUACUUUGAGACUUGAAAUAUGUUUCUAACCUCAUUGAAGCGAUGACCUCUCUCCCCUUUCUUCUCUUGGUAUUCAGGUUUCUUGUAUUUAUUAAAAUUUGAUUGUAGCAGAGAACAAGAAGGUUUUAUUAUGUACCUGACCAUUUUUUUUGUUUUUAUUAUGAUCGACGAAACUGUAAUAGUUGAAGUGAAGAAGCUUACUUGUGUUGUGUUGCCCUUGGCGCUCUGAGAGGUCGCUUUACUUUUGCUGUUGUAAAUGUAUAUAUAUGAAGAGAAAAUACUUGGAUUAAAUUAGUUUAGCUUUUUCUA